AUGUCUGAGGCGGAGGGUAGUGAGGAGCCGGCGCUCAAGACGCACCGCUGGGAGUCGGCCGCAAAUAUUCCGUCGUCAACGCCAACGGCAUCGCGUUGGGGCGCCGGCACGCCGCGGCAACUCGGCAGCGAAACCCCGAAAGUAAUUGUGAAUGCCGAACUCUCCGCUUGGCGCGGACACGCCACUCCAACGCCCAGCGCGUACGCCGUGGACUCUGUGAAGACACCCGUCAUGCGUGGACAAGGCGGGCAAACACCGAUGUUUGCGGGUGGGACCACACCAACAAUCGGUGGAGGAGCGACGCCAAUGUUUGGUGGAGGCACAACGCCGAUGUUUAAUGGAGGAACGACGCCAAUGUUUAAUGGAGGAACAACGCCGAUGUUUAAUGGGGCCACACCAGCAGCGGGAAUGGCAUUUGGGGCCACACCGAAUUAUCAAUUUGAAGGAACGACGCCCGUGCAGUCACACUUUGCAGGAGGGGACUCACAGUCUGCUAUUACGGCUAAUAUAGAGGCACAGGCUCGCAAGUUGGAGUUACAGUGGCGUAUGAAGAAUAAACGAUUAUCAGAAGAGCAUUUGGAUACUAUACUUCCACCAGAGUUUAAAAUUGUGGAACCUCCAGCAGAUUAUAAUCCACCUCCACCAGAAGAACCAAAUUUUUAUGAACUUGCUAGUAAAUCAUUGGAUGUUUUUGUGGUUAAUCAAAGUAAUGAUGCUGCAGCAGCUGUUACUUAUGAUAUUCCAGAAAGUCUUGGAGAAGGAAUGCCUCAAAUGAAACCACAAGAUGUUCCUGUUUUUGAAGUUUUACUCAAAUAUCAUAAUGUCAAUCCUAUACCAGAUGAGGUAUUACCAUCUUAUUUAUUAAUAAAAAAUUUAUUCAAAAUUAAAAAUGGAGAUACAAAUCAACGUCGUGUAGCCAUGAGAUUUCUUUUGGAUAAGGCUCGUAUUUUUGGUAGUGAACCAUUAUUUCAAUUUACUUUUCAUGUUUGGCGAUCUGGAAUUCUUGAUCUACAAGAACAACAUUAUUUUGUGGAUUUUGUAAAAGGUGUGAUAGCACGAUUACAGAAAGAGGUACGUAGUUCUACUAAAGAAAUUGUACAUAUGAUGGAGGUAUUAUUAUCUGCACAAGAAGCAGCUGUACGAGAAGAUGGAAAAGAAGUUCUUGCCUUACUUACUCGUGUAGUAGGUUAUGAAGCUGUAUUUGAAGCUAUUAAAGAAGAUUUUGCACAUGUUGAAAAUGGUGUACGACGACAUACAGCUAAAGUGGUAGCUAUUAUAGGAUAUGCUGUAGGAUCUAAAACGGCUCUUCAAAUUAUUCAUGGUAUGUCACUUUCUCCUGUUGCCUUAGCAAGACAAACAUCUGCUCGUGCUAUUACAGAAUUAGCAUCUAUUUUAAUGCAUGCUAUUACAGGUGAAUUAGUUGAACUUGUACCUAUAUUUGAAAAACUUUUAAGAGAUGAACCACGUGUAAAACGAGAAGCCGCUAAUGCUCUUGCCCAUGUUGCCGAUGCGACUUAUCCAUAUGGUAUUGAAGAAUUGGAUCCAUUGGUAUAUAUUGUACGAGAAGAAUGUAAACGAGGUAUUGGAAGUACAGCAGGUCCAUUUGUACGGGCCUUUGGAUCUCUAGUUCCUCUUAUGGCCCCUUAUGAUGCUCAGAAGUAUACAUCUGAUAUGAUGCCUACAUUGGUAAAUCAAUUUAAUACUCCAGAAGAUGAACAUCGUCGAGUUUUAUUACAAGUGGUACGACAAUGUGUAUCUGCUGAUGGGGUAACGGCUAAUUUUAUUCGUGAAGUUAUUUUAAAACCAUUUUUUGAAGGUUUUUGGUCUAUUCGUCGAGUAGCAGCAGAACGAAAGACAGCAGCAGCUCUUGUAGAGACAACAGUAGCUAUUUCAAAAAAACUUGGUAGUACAGAGAUUUUACAGUAUCUUGUACAAGAUAUGAAAGAUGAGAAUGAACAUUUUCAACGUAUGGUCAUCGAUACAGUAAGGCGUGUGGUGAAGUCUGUAGGAACAGUUGGAGUUCCGGAUACACUUGUGGCACUUUUAUUAGAUGGUGCCAUUGCUGCUGUUAAACAGGAUGAAACUGGACUGAACCGUGUGGUAUUAGAGGGAUUGGCUUGUGUGUGUAAUUCACUGGGUACUCGAUUAAAACGAUAUCUUCGACAAGUUUUUGAUCUUAUUAAGGGACGUCGGGAUAUGCCGGGGAUGAUUCGUAUGCAAGCGGCAGAGCUCGCGGCUCGUAUUGCCCAUACAGUAAAAGAGGCGGAUGGAAUUCUUUUUCUGCAGGAUCUCGGGAGAAGUUUAUUUGAUCGACUGGAAGAUGAUGAGGCGGCGGUGAUGAGUGCAAACCUUAAGGCAACUCGAGCUAUUUUGGUGGAAUUGGGAGCGGCAAAGUAUCAACCAUCUGUACGAGAAUUAUUAAAGAAACUUACAUAUAUUAUUCGUAAUCGUAAUAGUAAUGUACAAUUAAAUACAAUUCUACUUAUUGAGGAAAUUGCAACGAAUUGUGAUGAGGAUGUGGAGGCUAUUCAUUUACAAGAUUUGGCUACAAAAGGUUUAUUUGAACUUUUAGAUGCCGAUAGACGAGAGACACGUCGUGCCUGUACGAGAACGUUUGGUGUGAUUGCACAGAAAAUUCGUCCAUUUGCCAUUAUUCUUGAACUUGUAGAUAACUUUAAACAAGACAAACGUAAAAUUCGAAUAUGUACAGCAGUAGCUUUGGGAGCUAUUGCCCGUGAAUGUGGUCCUUUUACCGUUAUUCCAUAUCUUUUAAAUGAAUAUAAGAUUAGUGAAGGAGAACAGGUAGCUACCAUUGUACAACAUUCUGUACUUAAAGCUAUUCGAUAUAUUUUUGAAGCUAUUGGUAGUGUAGGGAAAGAAUAUGUUUAUCCACUUAUCCCAUUAUUAGUACGAGCUCUCACAGAAACAGAGAUUCAACAUCGUCGAAUGGCAGUAGAGGCUUGUCGGGCUAUUAUUAUGGCUAUAGCCGGUAAUGAUGGAUUUGAAGAAGUGGUGAUUCAUUUUCUUAACUUUAUUCAUCCUAAUAUCGUGGAACUUCUCUCACGGAAUGAAACUAAAAUAAGUGAAGAACGUCUUAAGAUGGUAACAGCAGUGGUGAGUUACUAUGAAGCCGCACGAUUGGUAAUUGGUUCUGCUAAAGUCUUGGAAUAUCUUUUACAAGGUUUAUUUCACCCAGCAAAGAAAGUACGAGAUAUUUAUAGGAGAACAUACAAUAUAAUAUAUGUUGGAAGUCCAGAAGCUCUCGUGCCAUGUUAUCCUAGACUGGAAGAUGAUAAGGAUCACACGUAUGUGCGACACGAGUUGGAAGUACUGCUGUAA